AUGCUUAAGGCUCGAAAUGCGGAAAAAGCUAUGACUGCUCUAGCCCGAUGGCGGCGAAUGAAAGAAGAAGAGGAAAAAGGUCCAGUUGCGAAACGACCAAACGAUGUGAACGAAUGCAAUACGCUAAAUGAUGCAGAAAAAUACAGAAAACAGGUGACGAUGGAAAUUGCCAAGAAAAUAGCGCUGAUACAAAAUCCAGGCUUGGGUGAAUUUAAAAUUCGGGAUUUAAAUGAUGAAAUAAACAAAUUGCUGCGAGUAAAAUACGCUUGGGAAACAAGAAUUAAAGAACUCGGAGGCCAAGAUUACAGGAAGAUAGCGCCCAGGGAAAUAGAUCGAGAAGGACGUGAAGUUGCUGGUAGUAGAGGUUACAAAUAUUUUGGAGCUGCAAAAGAUUUGCCUGGUGUUCGGGAACUUUUCGAAAAAGUUGGAAUCGAUGAAUCACGGAAAAAUCGUAUGGAAUUAAUCAAAUUUUUGGACGCGGAUUAUUAUGGCUAUAUGGAUGAUGAUGAUGGUUUAUUGGUACCGCUAGAAAUGGAUGCUGAAAUCAAAGCUCGUUUACAAAUCGAAAAGGAUUGGGAAGGAAAUAAAGAUGCAUUGAAACUAAAGGAAGCAUUUGACGGAGAUAUCGAUAUAUAUAAAAUUGAUGAUGACUCUGACGAGGAAGACAUUGACACGAAGCAAUCUGUACUGAUAAGCGAUGAUGGGAAGAAAACAUUCAUUCAACACGUUGUUGUGCCGUCACAAAAAGAAAUUGAAAAUCUCAUUUUGGAAAGGAAGAAAGCACAACUUUUUAAGCAAUAUGUUGGGAGUCCAUCGAGUUCAUAA